AAACGAUUUUGAAUAAAAAGCUCCUAAUAAUAAAUAAGCUUAUUAAUCUCUUCUUAAAAAAUUAAAUGAAUUUAACUUAGCUUUAAUUUAAUGUUAAUAAAAUGUCGAAGUUCCAGAAAUUGUUCUUUAUUUAGAUCCUACAUUAAGAGAAAGGGUUCUAUAAUUAAAACAAUAAGGAAAAACAGCAAGUGUAAAUGAUUUCGAAAAUCUUUUGAAUAACGAAGAUUUUAUUAAUAAUUUAUGCUAAUGUGUCACUAAAUGGACAAAAGAUAUAUAAGCAGUCAUUAAAAUUAAUUAUGAUGUUAGUAGUGGUACAACGUUAUAGGAAAUAAAUUAUUGGUUAAGUUACGAGAGAAGUUUAAAUUUGAUAAAUUAAUAAAUAAAUCUUCCCGAAGUCUAAUUAACAAUCGAUAUAUUAAAAUAAAAGAAGAAAUUUACAAUAACCAUGACAUUCGAAGAGGAUUUAAAAUUCAAAGAAUAAUUACAAAAUUGUCAAAAAUGUAAUGCUUUUAUGAAAGAAUUUCCAUUAAAUGAUUUAUUAUCAGCCGGGACAUUAGCCGAAGUUAAAAAUUCAAUUACUUUUAUAUAUAACCAUAUGAAAAAUAUUCGAUCUAUAAGUUCUUAUACUACAAGGGCCUUUGAUUUAUUAGAAACCUUAUCAAGAGAUUUAAAUAAUUAAAUGACUAAAAUUCUAGGCAAUUAUAAACUUAUGACUAUGAAUUAUGAUCAUUUUAUUGAUUUAAUGAAAGAGUGUGAUGAAAUUUUCAAAAGAUGGGAAAAAGAAUAUGCAGCUUUUAAAUAAAGUAUUUAAUAUAAAACUUAAACUUCAAGGUAUUUCCUACAUGUUGACUUUUUGUAAAAAAGACUCAAUUUAAUUCAAGAAAUUAGGAAAUUACACUUCACAUUAAAUGAAGUUAUUUAAAAUAUUAUCAAUAAGGAAAAAAGCGGUGAUAGAUUUGGAGAUGCAAGCUUUUUGUCUACAAAGGAAAUUAAUGAAGCUUAUAGUAUUUUUGAUGAUAUUGAUAUUUUGAAUUCAACAGAUGAAGGCGAGUUGUCAGUUAAAUAAGCAAAGAAUUAAUAUGAAUAAAGAAUUGAUCAAAUAGAAAUUAAAAUUACUUCACAACUAAGAGAUAAAUUAGGUCAAGCCAAAGAAAAUGCAAAUGAAAUGUUCAGAAUCUUUAAUAAAUUUAAUAAGCUUUUUGUGCGCCCUCAUAUAAGGGGAGCUAUUUAAGAAUAUUAAUCCGAUUUACUUGAAAAGGUUCAAAAGAAAAUUACUUAACUAAGAGAGAAAUUUGUAAAAAAGUAUAAUAAUACUGAAAAUGCAGUGAUAUGUUAAGUUAGGGAUGUUCCUAAUAUUGCCGGAAGUGUCAUCUGGGCAAAUUAAAUGGUAAAAAAAUUAAACAAAUAUAUGGAAAAAGUUGCUGAUGUAUUAGGAGAUAAAUGGACUGAACAUCAUUAAGGAUAAAAAUGUAAAGAAGAUUGUGAAGAAUUUAAGAAAUUUUUAAAUAUUUAACCUAUUGUAGAUGAAUGGAAUAACGAAAUAUUAAACCUAAACCAAGCUACUGCCGAAAAUGAACGCAUUUUCAAAAUAGUUUAAAAAAGAAAACUUGAAUUAGUAGUAAAUUACGACGAAAGAUAAAUUAAUCUAUUUAAAGAUAUUAGAAUUUUAGAAUUGUAGAAAUCUAGGCAUAGUACAUCUUUAAAAUAUGUUGCUAAUAAAGCCAAAAUGAUAUAUCCAUAUGCUAUGUCUAUAUAGGAAUCAAUAUAGUCUUAUAAUUAGAUUGUUUCCUAAGUAGAUGAUAAGAUGAAAAAGCUUGUAACUUCCCAUAAGUUAAAAAUACAUCAAACAAUAAAAAAAGGAAUGGUUAUUAACUGGAAUAGUAAUAAUUUUAUUGCUAAUUAUACUAAAGAUUUGGCUGAUGUUGUAUUAAAAUUGGAAGAAGCUGUUAAUGGUUUAAAUGAUUUUGGUUAAUAAAUAGAAUCAAUACUUGCUUUUUUGAAAACAUGUAAUACAACUUAUGAAACAUUUAAAGAAAAAUUAGGAUAAAUUUAAAAACUUAUUGAUGAAUUUAACCUUAGAGGAUAUUCUAAUUUACAUAUAUGGGUACCUGAAAUAGAUUCAAAAGUGGAAAAUAUUCUUGGGGAAAGAUUAGUCUAAAUGAUCAAUAAAUGGAUGGUAGAAUUUGAAUAAUAUUAUUAAGUGGAAAAAAGGGAAUUUAUAGAAAUGUAUACGAAACAUGAAUUAAAAAUUAAAGAUUAAAUCAUAUAAAUUGAUCCUCCUAUCGAAUAUGCGAGAUAUUAUUGGUUUUAAUAAUUUAAUCAGAUGUUAGGUAUUGUUUGUACAUUACCAAGAUUAGAAGCAACUAGAUAUGAAACUUCUAUAUAAACGGUAGAUAGUAAUAGAGUAUUAGAUUACUCCUCAAUUAUAGGAAAAAUAUAAAAAGAUAUUAUAUAAUAAGCUUAUGGCAGAUUAGAUCAAGUACUAAAAGAUAGUGAAAAUUAUGUAAAUACAUGGUUAAGUUAUUAAUCUUUAUGGUAAAUUGAUUAAAAAAAAGUUUACGAAUUACUAGGAGAUGAUAUUGGUAAAUGGUAGUAAUUAUUAUCUGAAAUAAAAUAAGGGAGAAGUACUUUUGAUAAUUCUGAAACAGAUAUUUAUUUUGGAGCUGUUUUAAUUGAUUAUAAAUUAGUUCAAACAAAAAUAAACAAUAAAUACGAUUAAUGGCAUAAGGAUAUUUUAGAUCAUUUUGGACACACUUUUGGAGAUAAAUUAAGAGAUUUUUACUCAAAAAUAUCGAAUUCGAGAAUCAAGUUAGAAAAAAUAAACUUCAAAAAUACUAAUAAUACUGAUAUUACAAUAUAAAUUACUGAAGUAAAAGAAAUGAUGGGAAAAUAUCAAGAAUGGUCUAAUGAAAUUGAAGUUUUUAGGACAGGAUAGAAAUUAUUAGAAAGAUAAAGAUUUGUUUAUCCAUAAGAUUGGUUAUGGUUAGAUUAAGUAGAUGGAGAAUGGUCGAAUUUUAAAUAAUUAGUACACAGAUAGAAUUAAUAAUUAGAUAAAGAAAUACCUAAUUUAUAAACUAAAAUAUUAUAAGAUGAAGCUGUAUUGAAUGAAAAGAUAAAAGAACUAGAUGAUAUAUGGAAAACUAAAAAACCUUAUUCAGGAAGCAUAAUGCCUGGAGAAGCACUAGAUGCAUUAAAUAUUUGCAGUGGAUUUUUGGGCAGAAUUAAAGAUAGUUACUCAAAUUGUUGUAAAGCGAAAUUAUUAUUAAAUUUAGAACCAGGAAAUAUGCAAAAACUAGAUGAUUUAGAAGAAGAAAUUGUCGGUUUAAAAGAAUUUUGGAUUGAAAUGAAUAAAGUUUGGUAAGGAAUUGAAAAUUUAAGAGAUACUCCUAUAAAUGCUUUGUAGUUUAAAAAAAUAAAAGAAGCAAUGGAUAAUGCUAAUAAGUAUAUGAGUGAAAUGCCUACUAAAUAUCACUCAUAUGAUGCUUAUGAAGAUACUAGAUAAAGGUUAAAAAAUUAUGUCAAAAUGAAUAAAAUUAUUGAAAAUUUAAAAACUGAAGCUAUUGAAAUUAGACAUUGGGAAAUUAUAUUGAAAAAAAUGAAAAUUCGAGCUAAUUUUAAUGAUUUAACACUCGGAUUUUUAUGGAAAGACGAAUUAAUAUUCAAAUACGAAAAACCUAUAGAAGAAGUAAUAGUAGUAGCUUAAGGAGAAUUUGUAUUAAAAUGCAUGAUUAAAGGCGUAAAAGAUUUCUGGAAUACUUUUGAACUAGAACUUGUAAGGUAUUAAAGUAAAUGCUAAUUAAUUAAAGGUUGGGAUGAAUUAUUUGCUAAACUAGAUGAAGAUUUAGGCACUUUAGCUUCUAUGAAAAUAUCUCCUUAUUAUAAAUAGUUUUAGGAAGAAAUAGGACCAUGGGAUGAUAAAUUAUAAAAAAUAAGAAUUUUAUUAGAUUCAUGGAUUGAUGUAUAAAGAAAAUGGGUUUAUUUAGAAGGAAUAUUUUUCGGAUCUUCAGAUAUAAAGAUUCAAUUAUAGAAUGAAUAUAAUAGAUUUAAAGGAAUAGAUAGCGAGUUUAUAUCUUUAAUGAAAAAAGUUGCAAAAACACCAUCUUUAUUGGAAGUAAUUGCAAUUCCUGGACUUUAAAAAACUCUGGAAAGACUUGCCGAUUUAUUAGCGAAAAUAUAAAAGGCUUUAGGAGAAUAUUUGGAAACUUAAAGAAGUGCAUUUGCGAGAUUUUAUUUCAUAGGAGAUGAAGAUUUACUAGAAAUUAUUGGAAAUAGUAAAGAUGUAACUAAUGUUCAAAGACAUUUCCCAAAAAUGUAUGCAGGAAUAACAACUUUAAUUUCGAUAAAAAAUGAUAAAGGAGAUAGUAUUAUUCAGGGAAUGAAUUCUAAAGAAGGAGAAAGUGUAAGGUUUGAAUUAGAAAUAAAUGUAGGUGAUGACCCUUAAAUAAAUGUCUGGUUGAGUAAAGUAGAUGAUUAAAUGAGACUUUCAUUAGCUACAAAUUUAUAAAAUUCAAUAAAGGAUAUUGCAGCAAUAGAAUAAGGAGAUGAUACAGCUUUACUAGAUAUAAUAGCUAAAUAACCAGCAUAAACAGGAUUAUUAUCAUUAUAAGUUUUUUGGUGUAGUAGAGUUGAAAAAGGUUUUGAAACAAACUAAUUAAGCGAAGUAGUUGAUUAUAUUAUAAGAUUUUUAAGUAUUUUAGCAAGUAAUGUCAUAAAAGAUUUAAAGAAAGACCUUAGAUAGAAAUUCGAAUAAAUAAUUACUGAUUUUGUGCAUUAAAGAGACGUUACUCGUAGUUUAUUAUAAAAAAAAGUUGAUAAUGCAAAAGAUUUUUCCUGGUAAUAUCACAUGAGAUUUACUUGGUAUAUAAAAGAAUAAGAUCCACUAAAAAAACUUCUUAUUUAAAUGGCUAAUGCAUAAUUCCAUUAUGGUUUCGAAUAUCUGGGUGUUGGUGAAAAACUAGUAUAAACAUAACUUACUGAUAAAUGCUAUUUAACACUUACUUAAGCACUUCAUCUAAGAAUGGGAGGUUCUCCAUUUGGACCAGCAGGUACUGGAAAGACUGAAUCUGUCAAAGCUUUGGGAAGUUAAUUAGGUAGAUUUGUUUUAGUUUUUAAUUGCGAUGAAACUUUUGAUUUUCAUGCUAUGGGACGUAUUUUUGUUGGUUUAUGUUAGGUUGGUGCUUGGGGAUGUUUCGAUGAGUUUAAUAGAUUAGAAGAACGUAUGUUAUCAGCUUGCUCUUAAUAAAUUUUAAUUAUUUAAAGCGGCUUAAGAGAAAGACUUAAUAAAAUAGAUUUAAUGAACAGAGAUGUUAAAUUAAACUCUAAAAUGGGUGUUUUUGUUACUAUGAACCCUGGUUAUGCUGGUCGUUCGAAUUUACCGGAAAAUCUAAAAUAACUAUUCAGAUAAAUGGCUAUGGUUAAACCUGAUAGAGAAUUAAUUGCUUAAGUUAUGUUAUAUUCUUAAGGAUUUAAGACUGCAGAAAAAUUGGCUGGAAAAAUAGUUUCUUUAUUUGAAUUGUGUAAUGAUUAAUUAUCUUCAUAACCUCAUUAUGAUUUUGGAUUGCGUGCAUUAAAAUCAGUACUUGUAAGUUCAGGAAAUAUGAAAAGACAAGAAUCUUCAUAAAUUCAAAAUUUAAAUAAUUUCACUGAAAAUGAAUUAAAAGAAUUUGAAUAAAAAAUAUUAUUAAGAAGUGUAUGUGAAACAAUUGUCCCUAAAUUAAUAUCCGAAGAUGUCCCUUUGUUAUCAAAUUUACUGUCCGGUGUAUUCCCUGGUUCAUCAAUUCCUGAAAUAAAAGAAACCGAACUCCGUAAAGAAAUAGAGAAAGUAUGUCAAUAACGUAAUUAUUUAUCAACUGAACCAUUUAUGUAAAAAGUACUUUAGCUUUACUAAAUCUAGCGUCUACAUCACGGUGUAAUGAUGGUUGGACCUUCUGGUUGUGGAAAAAGUAUAGCCUGGCGUAUUUUGUAAGAAGCCAUGUAUAGAGUUGAUAAAGUGAAAGGUGAAUACUAUAUAGUGGACCCUAAAGCAAUUAUAAAAGACGAGUUAUAUGGAAAAUUAGAUAAUACAACUUUAGAAUGGACAGAUGGUGUUUUUACAGGUAUUUUAAGAAAAAUAACUGAAAAUGUAAGAGGUGAAUCUACAAAAAACCACUGGAUUAUUUUCGAUGGAGAUGUAGAUCCUGAAUGGGCUGAGAAUUUAAAUUCUGUUUUAGAUGAUAAUAAAUUGCUUACAUUACCAAAUGGUGAAAGAAUUGCGAUUCCACCAAAUGUUAGAAUUAUGUUCGAAGUAGAAACUUUAAAAUAUGCCACUUUGGCUACUGUAUCUCGUUGUGGUAUGGUCUGGUUUUCGGAUGAGAUUGUCACAUUUAAUAUGAUUUUCCAUAAUUACAUAAAUAGACUUAAAUAAGAAAAUUACGACGAAAUCCCAAAAGAAGAUGAAGAAGAGAAACAAAAAUAAAAUAAAAAGGAAACACCAGAAAGUAUUACUAGAAAAUAAUGCGUAGAUGCCAUUUAAGGUCUUUUUUUAGAUAAUGAUCUAUCUUUUGCUUAAUAAUUAGUCGAUUUGGCUCUUAAAUUCCCUCAUGUAAUGGAAUUUACAAGAAUUAGAGUAUUAGAAGCUUCAUUUGCUUUAUUAAGAAAAGGUAUUUCUAAUGUAAUUGAAUAUAAUGAAUAGAGAAUUGAUUUCCCUUUAGAAAAUGAAAUCUUAGUUAAAUAUAUGUAAAAAUGGGCGCUAUUUUCUUUAAUGUGGGGUGUUGCAGGAUCCAUGACACUCUAUUAAAGAUAAUUAUUUGGUGAAUAGGUUGCUAAAUUUUGUCCUGUAGAUCUUCCUAAUGUUGGACCAGGAUAAGAAAGUUUAAUUGAUUUUGAAAUUAGAAUUGAAGAUGGAAAUUGGUAUCCUUGGAAGAAAAAAGUUCCUGCAGUAGAAAUAGAUCCAAUGAAAGUAACCGAUGCUGAUUUAAUUAUUACAACAGUCGAUACAUUAAGACAUUAGGAAGUCUUAUGUUCCUGGUUGAGUGAACAUAGACCUUUUUUACUUUGUGGACCUCCCGGUUCUGGUAAAACAAUGACUUUAAUGAGUACAUUAAAAUCUUUACCUGAUUUUGAGAUGAUUUUUGUGAAUUUUUCGAGUUCUACUAAUCCUUAUUUAAUAUUGAAAUAAUUCGAAUAAUAUUGUGAAUAUGUAAAAACUACCUAAGGUAUGAUUUUAAGACCUAAAUAACCUAAUAAAUGGCUAGUUGUAUUUUGCGAUGAAAUAAAUCUUCCUGAUAUGGAUAAAUAUGGUACUAUGACUGUUAUUACAUUUUUAAGAUAACUUACUGAAUAGAAAGGAUUUUGGAGACCAAAUGAUAAAUAAUGGAUUUCUUUAGAAAGAAUAUAAUUUGUAGGGGCAUGUAAUCCUCCUACUGAUAUAGGAAGAAAACCUUUAUCUUCAAGAUUUUUAAGACAUACUCCUUUAAUUUUAGUAGAUUUCCCCGGGCCAGAAUCUUUGAAGUAAAUUUAUGGUACUUUCAACAGAGCGAUGUUAAAAAAAGUUCCUAGUUUAAGGAAUUAUGCAGAUUCUUUAACUAAUUCAAUGGUUGAAUUUUAUACUAAAUCUUAACUACAUUUCACUUCAGAUAUAUAGCCACAUUAUAUUUAUUCACCAAGAGAAUUAACUAGAUGGAAAUAUGCAAUCAAUGAAGCUUUGGAACCUUUAGAAACUCCAGAAGAUUUAGUUCGAUUAUGGGCACAUGAGGCUAUGAGAUUAUUUGAAGACAG